UAGCCACGGACAACGCGCCCGAAGGCUUAUCCCGACUCGCUCCCCUUUUAACCAAUAAAAAACAGAGGGAGAAAGUGAGACAAACAGAGAGAAAAACAAAGUUAGGUUUAAUUCAUUUGUGUGCUUCUCUUGAAGUAAUCGAAGAGGAGGAACAGUUCACCUGAAAAUUUUUGGUUAGGUUAGGGUUUUAAGAAUUUUAAAUUUGAUAAAAUCUGUCAAGUCUGUCAUCGAUCUUUGAAAUCUAGCCUUACUGUUAAGCUUACUGUUUGGUUCAAAAGGUGAUUUCCUUUUCACCACGAAAUUAAUAUUUCUUCUGAUCUGCUCUUGCUCUUAGCUUUGCCCUAAAAUCAAUAUACUCUUUGCCUUUAAUCAGUUCCAUAAAAAAGUAAGGUUAAUAAGCUGAGUAUUUAAAGAAAUUGCAGAUUAAGAGAAAUAGUUAGUUGUAUGAGAUAUAGGGUUUCGUAUUUAAUGGAUGAGAUCUGGGAGAGAGCUGUGGAAACAGCUUUAGACGGUCAAACGGACCAUAGCGCGGCACGAACUUUAACUCUAGACGGUGCGGUGAAGUGUGUGCAGGGGCGUUUGCCACCGCCGAGUCUUCUAGAGAGAUUUGAAAAUCUCGAGCUUCUUUCGAUUGCCAAUAUAGGGGUUUCAUCGCUAGAGCAGUUUCCACGACUCAAAAAACUUGAAAAACUUGUCCUCUCUGAUAACCGCAUCGCUGGAGGCCUAGAAUUUCUGGUUCAAGCGGGCUUGGACUCCCUUCGCGACCUUGAUUUGUCAAACAAUCGGAUCCAGUUCAUUGAAGAUCUAGCCCCCUUGGCUCAACUUAAGCUCAUUUCUCUCGAUCUGUAUGAGUGUCCUGUCACCAGAGUGAAAGAUUAUCGAUCCAGGGUUUUUGCAAUGAUCAAGUCCUUGAAGUACUUGGAUAAGAUGGAUGCAGAGGAGAAUGAGAGGCCUGAAUCUGAUGAUGAGGAGGAUGAUGAUGAGGAAGAUGAUGAGGAUGACCCUGGAAGCGGAGAAGUAGAUGGUGAGGAUAGGCUGUUUAGGAGGGAUAAUGGGCACAGUGAGAAUAUUGAAGGAGUUGUGGAUGCUGAAGAGGAUGAAGAGAGUGAUGCCGAUGAAGAAGAGACUGAGACUGCACGAAAGGGCACUGAGACAAGCCAUCACACCAAUGGAUUUCGAGUUGAACAUGUGAAUGGGGAAUAUGUAGAUUAUGAAGAUGAAAAUUACGAGUAUGACGAAAUUGAAUCUGGAGAGGAGAUUUUUGAGGAGGAAGAUGUGGCUGCUGCUCAUAGAUACGGGGAAAGUGAUGAUGAGGAAGAUGGAGUUGAAGAUGAUGAUGAGGAGGAGGAUAAUGAUGAUGAAGAUGAAGAAGAGGAGGUCGAUAAUGAUGAUAUAGAUGGUUAUUUUGCUAACCCAGAGAGUUCAGGCAGGUUGACAAGCACAGGAGAGAUUGAUGGCCAUGAGCAUGGGGAGGAAGAUGGGGAUGAUGAUGGGGAAACCGGGGAGGAAGAGCAAGCUAUUGAGGAUGAGGGGGAGUUUGAAGUUGAAGAUGAAGAAGAGGUUGAAGAGGAGGAGGAAGACCAUGGUGCAGGGUACCUGGUUCAGCCAGUUGAUCAGGGUGAAGAAGAUGAUGGUGGAGGCAGUGAUAUGGAGGCAGGGAGUGAAGAGGAAGUUGAAGAAGAAGUACAAGAUGAUGAAGAAGUUCAACAUAUUCCAGCAGCUUUCCCACAGCUGAAGAGAAAGAGAGGUGAUGAUGUUGAUGAAGAUGAAAGUGGUGAGGAUGAUGAGGAUGUUGUUGAAUCAUCAUCAAAGAAGCACCAUUAGCUGUUUUCAAUCUUAUGAGUAGAUGUUUAGUUAAUGUCUUCUUGAAAACAGUUGGAUAGAUUGGUUGGUACUGAUUUUGGCUGUGGCCUUAGACAAUGUUUAGGAAGAUAGAUAGAUAAAAAGAAAGAAAGAAAGAAAGAAAGAAACUGUUAUCUCGGGUGGAACCUUCAGUUCAAAAGUUUGUUAGUAGUUCUUUCCCGCUUGUCUUUUAACAUAGCUGUUGCUAUAGUAUUUUCAAAUGGCAGUUAUACUGGGAGAGCUCACAUACUCUUACCGCCCAAACCCAAAAAUAUUCUCAAAACCUUUUGUUUUUUUUUUCUUUUUUCUAUUUGUCCAAGCGGGUUUUAAAGGGGCUUGUAAAACACAUGGCUAUGUAGAUAGUUUUCAAUUCCCAGUCAAUGUUCCAAGUGGGCUUUUGACGUGUUCAAUACCUUUCUUUAUCAUCGGAUUGGUAGCCUGCUUUAUUAAUGAGAAUUGCAGGGUUUUGCUGGA